CCGGCAGGAACUGCCCUAAAGGAUCUCCUGCAGUCUAUUGUAAGGUGGCACCAUGUGACGAGAACCAGUGCCCCAGAUACCCAGGUGCUAGAUGUGUAAACGACUACUGUGGAGGCUGUAAUGCCAGAUACUACGUCAACAAAAUAGAAGUGACCAAGUUCUGCCCCUCCAGUCCGCCCAAGUGUCCAGACGGUAACCCGCCUGUCCAGUGUUUUGUGGCACCUUGCACUAACAAAACGUGUCCGGCUUACCCCGAGGCCAAAUGUGUCGAGGAUUACUGUGGGGGCUGCAACUUCUUCUUUGUCUACAACAACACGAACGUCACCAGUCAGUGUGCGGGUGACCUCUGUCCUGCCGGCGUGAAAACGUUCAACUGUUUUGUAGCUCCUUGUGAUGUCAGCACCUGUCCAAGAUACCCGAAUGCCAGAUGUGUAGACGACUACUGUGGAGGAUGUAAUGCCCGAUAUUUCGUCAACGACACGGAAGUGACCCGGUUCUGCCCCUCCAGUCCCGAGGUUUGUCCGGACGGUAACCGCCCUGUCGCGUGUUUCCAGCAGCCCUGUAAUGCCACCAGAUGUCAGGCCUUUCCAAAUGCCACUUGUGUGGACGACUACUGUGAAGGUUGUAACGCCAGGUUCUUCAUCAGCAAGACGGAAGUGACCCAACAGUGUUGCGACACACCACCAGUGAAUCAAUGCCCGCCUAAAGAUCUAGUCAAUUGUUUUGUUGACCCCUGUGACCCCAGAUUCACCUCGUGCAACAACGUUCCAACAGCUGCAUGUUCAAGUGACUACUGUGGGGGCUGUAAAGCCAGAUGGUUCCUGCCGGACUGCAGUGAGGCCACCGAAACCUGCAACAACAGCAUCGCACAGAAGACUUAA